CCCUUUUCAUCUCUCUCAUUCACAUCACCAAAACAUAGUAACAACAACAGUUCAUAUCACACACACAACCCUCUCCAUUCCCUUCUCAUAAUUAACCACACCAGUAAGAGUGUGCUUGUCUACUUCUUGAAAAAAAAGUUCUCUAAAACACAAACAUACAAAAGUAACACACUUGUUACUUAAAAAAAAACAUUAAUUACAUUUUUUUAAAACGAUAAUCCAAACACACUUAGUAAUUUUCUCUCGAGAUGAUAACGGGAGAGGAUUUGUACAAGGUGAUGUGCGCGAUGGUGCCGCUAUACUUCGCAAUGCUGGUGGCCUACGGUUCAGUCAAGUGGUGCAAGAUGUUCACCCCGGACCAGUGCUCCGGCAUCAACCGUUUCGUGGCUGUGUUUGCUGUUCCGAUUCUCUCCUUCCACUUCAUCUCCAUGAACAACCCCUACGAGAUGGACGCCAAAUUCAUCGUCGCCGACACGCUAUCCAAGCUCGCCGUGCUUCUAUUUCUCUCCCUCUGGGCCGUUUUCUUCGCCGGAGGCUCCUUGGAUUGGCUCAUCACUUUCUUCUCCCUCGCUACCUUGCCCAACACGCUUGUUAUGGGCAUUCCGCUGCUCCAAGCCAUGUACGGCGAUUUCACGCAAUCGCUCAUGGUGCAACUCGUGGUUCUUCAGUGCACCAUAUGGUACACUUUACUCCUCUUCUUGUUCGAGUACAGAGCCGCGACACUUCUGAUCCAACGGCAGUUCCCGGGGCCAACGGCGGCAUCCAUAGCGAAAUUCGACGUCGACGGCGACGUGAUAUCCCUUGACGGCCACGACAUGCCGCUGCGGACGGAGUCGGAGACCGACGACCACGGCCGGAUCCACGUGCGGAUCCGCCGCUCCGUCUCGUCGGCGCCGGAGACGAACUCCUCCAUCGGCGGCAACACCACCGUCGUGACGCCGCGGCAGUCGAACCUCUCCAACGCGGACAUAUUCUCGAUCAACACGCCGCUGCACCUGCACGAAGGCGGCGGCAACCUCGCCGCCGGCGCAAGCCCCCACCUCUCCGGCUACGCCUCCUCCGACGCGUACUCGCUGCAGCCAACGCCGAGGGCCUCGAACUUCAACGAGAUGGAGGCCGGCACGCCCGUGUGGGGGAGGUCACCGGUCGCCGCCGGGAGAGUGUGCCGGCAGUCUUCGCCGGUGGCGAGAGUGUUGUGGGAGUCGCCGGGGAAAUGCCUGGGAGAUAAGAGACAAGGCUGCAAGGACAUUACCAUGUCAGAUAAAGAAAUCAGCUUCAGAGACAGCACCAAAGUCCCUAUGCCGGGGGAAGCUGCAGAACCCAAAGACACAGUUGCCAAUAACCAGAAAAUGCCACAUGCCUUUGUUAUGAUUAGGCUUAUUCUCGUCGUAGUAGGAAGAAAACUUUCUCGAAACCCUAAUACAUAUUCUAGUGUAUUAGGACUUCUUUGGUCUCUAAUCUCUUUCAAAUGGAAUAUGGAAAUGCCUAGUCUUAUCAAAGCAUCGGUCAAAAUCAUCUCAGAUGCGGGCCUUGGGAUGGCUAUGUUUAGCUUAGGGCUUUUCAUGGCCCUUCAGCCUCGUAUCAUAGCUUGCGGUACCAAAAGAGCAGUCAUGGGCAUGGUCAUUCGCUUCAUGUGUGGGCCUCUUGUAAUGUCUGCUUCUUCAAUUGUCAUUGGAUUAAGACAAGACAGACUUCACACUGCCAUUGUACAGGCUGCUCUUCCACAGGGGAUAGUGCCAUUUAUAUUUGCAAGGGAAUAUGGAUUGCAUCCUGAUAUUUUGAGCACAGGGGUUAUCUUUGGCAUGUUAAUAUCCUUACCAAUAACUCUCUUAUAUUACAUAUUUCUUGGCUUAUGAAGGGAGAGAAAGAGCUACAACCUCAAACAAGAAUCAGGCAUUGAAAAAAAAAGUAUGAUCCAAACUAUAAUAACCCUACUAGACUAGGUGGGGCAAUAUAUAUCGGAAAGCUUCUCUGCAUCCCCAUAAUUCUGUCAGCACCGACCACAAUCAUGUAUGAAAGCUUUCCAUUAUUGUAGACACUACCUGCGGAGAAGGUUGACUUUGGUAAGGCCAAAAACAAUUUCAAAAAGCCACAAGUGUUAUGUUAUCUUCGUAUGUAAUACAGGGGUUUGACAGAGAUGACACAAGAGCAGUAGUAGCUAGGAUUUAUAUAGUUCUCGACAUGCCCAGCUACAUAGAUUAGUGGUAGCCGAAAGGGAAAUAAAUAUUAUCAUGACCAAUUAUUAAGGUAGGAAACAUGCUUUCUUGUUGGAGGUUGGAAAAGCUUGAGGGAACAAAUGUUGGCCAUAAAAAAGUUGGAAGGUGACACUUAGCCAAAUAUAUGGCACUCUUAGGUGAUUUAUCUUUUGGUCUUCAAUGUGUCAAACCAAUGAGAAUAUAGUAAUUGAUUGUAUGUGAAACAGAUGCCUCUUUACAAUAGAAUUAAGACUUUGAAAAGAA